GUCGUUAAUCCGAUCUGCCUGAAUGGCGGGGCGGGUGCAGCAGUUUCAGUGAAAGUGGAGGACUUUGUAGGUGGUUUGCUAAUACGUUACCAACCCCUCUAAGGACAUUUAAUUUUGCACAUUAUUAAUAGACUAAACAUGUUUGUGACCGCACAAGAAUCAAAGUAUCGGUGAUGUGCUUAGAGCACCUCUAGAUCCUGCUACACGGAAUACAAUAUAACCCUGAUAGACACACGUCAAAAGUAACAACGUGGAUCCCCCAAGUAAGUUUCUCUGACUUUUACGCGUUUAUAGUUGACGCGUUUUUCUUCAAGUAUGGAACCCGCAUUAACAACAAACAUUUGACGACUCCUCGCUGUAAUUUGCCCACGUGGAAUGCCACGAAGGCAACUAGCCGAGGUCGACAAGUUUUGAGGGAAUCCAGUUACCAUGACAUUCAGACAUUACAUUAAGAAAUAACGAUGUGGACCAUAAAAAUUAGGAAAUAUUUUCGGGGUAGUGGGAGGGUACUGGCAUUUGUUUUCAUUGCUUCUGUCAUUUGGCUUCUCUUCGAUAUGGCAGCGCUUCGUCUUUCAAUAAAUGAUGUUAAUAGCCAACUAUUGAAAGAACUUAUUGUUAAGGAAAGAGAGGCUGUCAAACAACAGUCAACCAAACGAACUGUAAUACAUAGGGGUUUUAAACACCCAGUGCAAAGAGUUGACUUAGACUUGGACAAUGAUGACCAAAGUCCCGUCAGAGUUGUGAACAAGGUUGCUGAAGUUUAUAGAAUGCGGCCCAGGAAAGAGCCUGUGUUGAAGGAAAGCAAAGACGCAGGAGAUACCAUGAAGUUAGAGAAGGGAAAAGCUGCCGUCACGGACCGUCAAGUACAAGUUGUGCAGGAUCAUAUUACAUCAAAGUGGCAUGUCCCUUUGAACACCAAUGCACCGGCCAAAAAAGCAGUGGACCCUGGUGUGAACAGGACAAAACCAGAGGUAAACAAUGUCGUUAUAACUCAAAGCCCUAAAAAAGUAGCAUUGCCUGUGUCCUUAAACACUACCAGAGCACCCCCUGGUGUUCAGGAAGAAAAGCAUGUUGCUCCACCAUCUACCUCACACAAGAAACUACAGGAACCAAAGAAAGAUGUUGUACCACAACCAAAAGAUAUCAACACUGAUUCCAAAAAUAUCAAUGUAGUGUCCAAUAAUGUGAAGGCCUUUUCCCAGACAAAAGAGAGUGCCAAAUAUGCCAUUCAACCAGAAAAACAAGACUACCAGGUAAAAGACAAAGCUGUUGUGGAGCCCUCAGCUGAACUUGUCAAGCAAGAAGCCAAACUCGAAGAUGUGAUUCAUAUCAAAGAGGACGAAAAGAUUGUUAAAAGUGAUGUAGGAACUGUGAAGAGGAGUUUGUCACUGACUGAAAAACCAAACUUGCCGCACAAAGCGUCUGAAGGGAAGGUGGCGGUGGUGCGGGGAGCGAGCGUCCACAGAGUUCAGGCUCUGGACCUGACCGCUGCCCCCAGGAACAGAGGCGCCGUCGGCCAGUUCGGCCAUGCUGCCGUUGUGCCCAGUGACAAAGAGCAGGAGGUGAGGAGGAGGUGGAACGAGGGACAUUUCAACGUUUUCCUGAGUGACCAGAUUCCUCUUGACCGGGCCAUUCCAGACACCAGGCCCCUGACGUGUUCAGAUAACAUGGUCCAUGAUGACCUGCCCACCACCAGUGUGAUCUUCUGCUUUGUGGACGAGGUGUGGUCCACCUUGCUCAGGUCUGUCCACAGUGUCCUGAACCGCUCCCCACCCCACCUGCUGCAGGAGGUCAUCCUGGUGGACGACUGCAGCACCAGAGACUAUCUGAAGGAGCAGCUAGAUGUGUACAUGUCCAAGUUUCCUAAAGUGCGCAUCAUCCGUCUGAAGGAGCGCCAGGGACUGAUCAGGGCCCGGCUGGAGGGUGCAGCAGUAGCCACAGGUGAGGUGCUCACCUUCCUGGACUCCCACAUCGAGUGCAACGUGGGCUGGCUGGAGCCCCUGCUGGAGAGGGUUCACCUGGACCGCAGGAAGGUGGCCUGUCCUGUCAUCGAGGUCAUCAGUGACAAGGAUAUGAGUUAUGUGCUGGUUGACAACUUCCAGCGAGGCAUCUUCAAGUGGCCUCUUGUCUUUGGCUGGAGCACGCUAUCAGAGGAGUACAUUAAGAAGAACAACAUGACAGAUACUGAUCCUAUUAGAUGUCCUGUCAUGGCUGGAGGUCUCUUCUCCAUAAACAAGCAGUACUUCUAUGAGCUGGGAACCUACGACCCGGGGCUGGACGUGUGGGGAGGAGAGAACAUGGAGAUAUCCUUCAAGAUCUGGAUGUGUGGAGGGGAGAUCGAGAUCAUCCCCUGCUCCAGGGUGGGUCACAUCUUCCGGGGGGAGAACCCCUACAAGUUCCCCAAGGACCGUCAGAAGACGGUGGAGAGGAACCUGGCCAGGGUGGCCGAGGUGUGGCUGGACGACCACAAGGAUCUGUUCUACGGCCAGGGCUACCUCCACCUGCUGGACAGGAGGGCUGACAUAGGGAACCUGACGGAGCAGAUCCGUCUGAGGGAGAGGCUCCAGUGCAACAGCUUCCAGUGGUACCUGGACAACGUCUGCCCGGAGUUGGACGCGCCGCUGGUCAAAGCUGAGGGCCUGGUUUUCAAUCGGGGAUUGAGGAAAUGCCUGUCUGUGCAGAAGGACUCCUUACUCUCCUUUGAGACCUGUGAUCUCAGCAAGCAGAGUCAGCACUUUAACUACACCUGGGUGAAGCUCCUUCGCCAGCAGGACGUGUGCGUGGCCCAGCAGGACACAGGCCCCGCCCUGCAGCCAUGUGACCGAUCCAGAUCAGACCUGCGCUGGCAACACAAGGCCUCCAACUCUGGCCUGGCAGAGCACCUCGUAGCAGAGCACCCCCCCAAAGUCACCUGUCUGGAGGCGGGGCCUAAGGGAGACGUCCACAUGAGCAGGUGUGAGCCCACCAACACCAUGCAGAAGUGGCAGUUCACCCACUACUACACCUAGGAGGAGGAGCCUAGUGGGGAGGAGGGAGGAGCCUAGUGGGGAGGAGGGAGGAGUCUAGUGGGGAGGAGGGGAGCAAAUGAACUCUUCAGAGGCCCGUGUUCACAACUCUGCUCUGUGAAACAACAACCUCCCCAUGGAACAGUCUCUGGGGAACAACGUCCUCCACAUGGAACAGUCUCUCUGUGGAACAACGUCCUCCACGUGGAACAGUCUCUCUGUGGAACAACGUCCUCCUCAUGGAACAGUCUCUCUGUGAACCAGAUAUGUUAACUGUUGCUCAGUCGGUGUGAUUCUGGUGUUGGGAUGUGCAAUCCUUCAGUUCUUUUUUUCUUUUCAUCAAACAAGCCAUUGAUUGUUGUCAUGUUUGGAAACAACAGCUACUUAAUGGUAAAGCUGUGUUUUAGAUUUUUUUUACAUUGAAUUUGAUAAACCAAAAGGAAUCUGUGAUGGUCUUUGGUAGAACGUCCGUACCUGAGCCUGUUUGCAUUGUUUGUGUCCCAGCUUUUCUCCAGCUGUCCACUGGGGUUUAUUCUCAGAUAAAGAGACAUUUUCAACAAAGAUAAUGAAACACUGCAAUGCAAUUGAAUGCUCACAGUUUACUGUAAAUAAUGUCAUCAUAUUUUGUGUUCAUUGUUAAGAAGAAACAUGAUGUAUAUUUUGGAAUGUAAUGCAUGAAAUAGUUUAUUAACCUGUGUAGGUGUUUCCAACAUCCCACACAUAUCAUAGAUGUCUUUUAAGGACACAUUUAGCCUCAUUUGAAGCCAGGUGACUUUGUGCCUUAGUGCCUAGUGUGAGUCAUGGGUGAAAUGCUCAUUUCUGAAAGUUUGGCUGCAGGUGUUUGUUGUUUGUGUGCAGUUCUUAUAAUAAACACUAAAGGGAGCUAAAGCUACAAGCUGUUAUAAAAACUGUGA